UGCAAUACCCGAUGUAGCACUUGGAAUUCUUUACAAUACAUGGUUGAUUUGAAUACACAUAUAUGUGGGUGUGUGUCGUUCUACGCGCAAGAGCUAUACACGAGAUCUGCUCAUUUCCCUCGUCAAAUGUCGAAUUUUCCUUUGGUUUGGUGUGGCCUAGGUUUUAUGGGUUGUUGUAUUUUGGUUUGCUCUUACGAAGCAACUCCUUAACGCUUACAGUUUUCGCUCCAGCUAUCCUUUGAUUUUUAAGUGCUGGACGUGCACAGUAACUCAAACAUUCUGACGGCGACUAGAGGCUUUUUUCGACGACCGUGUGCUUACGUGCAUGUGCACUGCCAUAUAAUUGUACCUAGGUAUUUCUGAGGUUAUCAAUGGAUUCGCCAGUUAUUUAGAGGUGGAACUUGUGUGUCAUUAAUCACAAGACAGUGCAUAUAGCGAUAAACCAUGAAAAGAAAUAUCUCUCUCAAUCUAGACUCCAUGUAAUAUGUGAGUUGUAGAUUCCAACAGCGAAACAUAUUUGGCGUCGAUGUAGUAUUGCGCCUCGACACUUGCCCACAUGUGCAUGUACAUCAAUCAAUUGAUUGAUGGUUGAGAUGAAUCAUGUGAUAUUCACCCGAAAGCGGCUAGAACAACCUUGCCCCUGUAACUCCGACUUGCCGAUGUUGAUAAACAAGAGGUCCGGCUCUUCAUCAAUUCGAUAAACAUUGACACCCAUCUUACUCAACUCUCAGCACCACAUUUUUCGACUCUCCUCAGAGCUGCUCAUCCGUAUUACUCAUGUUUUAAGUCAAUAUAAAUACCUCAAAAUGUCCAUCAACGAUGACCUACCAUGGAAUACCACGCGUUGCAACCGCCUUCUCCGACCGCUUUCAUCCAAACUCCGCAAACUUCGUAAAGAACUCGAACGACCACGGAGCUCAAACGGUGAUCGCCGAACUUCCGCAAAUGCAUUCGCCCUAAAAGCAUCCCCGCGAAAAGCCUUGCUUUUCUCGCAAUCUUCGUCGACGACUUAUAAGCCCCACGUAUUCGAGAAACGCAAGGAUCCAGACUGGAUGCCGGUCGCGGGAUCCUCUGGUGCGACUAGGAAAACUUAUGGUGCUCGCGGAGCAAAGAAGACAAACAUUGCGCGGAGAGGGGGUGAAAAUGGUCGCAACUCACGUCCCGGCGAGCUCUCGUUCACACCCUUGAUCACUCGCGUAGUACGCGGUGUUGAGGAUAGCCCGCAAGCGGAGCCUUCGCCUGCUAGAAAACACUCAAAAAUAAAAGGCCCACUCAACGCGAAGUUGGAGCAGAUACAGGAGCUCAAGAAACGACUGCCUAUAAACAUUGGAAAUCUGGUGAAUGGUCUUUCAGAAGCGUAUGCGAAUCUACUCAUGGCUACAGAAAUGGAGGGAGAGAAGAGAUGGAAGGGCACAAGGUCUCUGUUCAGCUCUUGUCUUCGAAAAAUUCCUGAUUACAUUGAGCUUGAAGAGCAUUUUGCGGAACUUGACAAGGAAGAAGACGACGACGACGAGGAUCGCGACCACGCUCACGAGACUUUCACGUAUCUCGAGGAGCAAUUUGAAUCAGUAUCCGGACAAGGCUGGCGAGCUUUCAAGCAAGUGGUGCGCGCUCACGGGACUUCUUUGGUGUGCGAUGCGGUUACGGACCAGAUGCUCAACCUGGAAACCUUGCAAAUACUUGUCACCCACUGCUUGAAUUCUUCAGCCUGGAACGAGGCUGAACAGCUCCUCUGGUCCUACCUGCCGAAUUUAAAUACCAUCCCGAUGCCGAACACGCUUUCUGCCAAUCUUUUCAGUGACGACAAAUUAUACUUUUGGAUGUGCAAGAACUUCGUGGGUCGCACUGGUCGACACAGGUUUCUUUACGAUCUCAUGACCUACAUGAUCUCACAGGAACUUCUACCACUGGAAUGGCUCGCAACCGAGUGCAUGCGACCGGUGUGGGAUCGCUUAGUGCGUACUCUGAGCGAUGGCGAUUCACGUUCGGUCGAUAAUGCUUUCCGACUACUAGAAGUAGUAGUCUCCGCCGGCGUCGGCCUCGGUGAUGAUAAUCAGGUUGAUAGAGAACUUGAGAAUCUCCCAAGACAGUUCAAGCUCUCCACGCGCCAUGAGUUUCGCAAAGCUUUAGACACCACCUACUUGAGUAUAUUCACAAUCUUCUGCAGCAUUGCUCUGGUCAAUCAAAAUCGCGAUGAAGGUGCAGGCGAUGCUAUUUCCCGACGAGUUAUCUGGGUGCUCGAUUCACUUGUGGUCGGGCUGCUCAAACGCAGCGAUUUUCACCGGGACAUGAAUUUGCUAAGCUCUGUAAUGAAUUACACGCAAACGUUUGCUGAAAGAGCAAUAUGGGCCGUCUUCUCUUCUUUUCUCAUGCAUCUAGAAGACCGCCAGAUCAAUUCUUCCUUGGUAAUGCUAGAUAUUCCGGUCAUCGCCAAAGCAAUGUGCUGGAUCGUUUCACAAUAUGCUUCCUACUCGGUGGACAUCUCGUCUGCACUCUCUACUCUCCCUGAAUUCACUUCUUCCACGGCGAGAGCCACGGGUAAGAUUUGGAAGGACGAUGGUUUCGAUCAGAUCCAACGGACGGUACACCGAAUGCUUUCUAUUUCUGGUAUUCGUUUGCCACACAAACUAUGGACUUUCAAACGUUUGGCUCUGGAGUCGGCUCUGGAAUUCGCACAUAGCACCAGUGACGGCCGGCAUAUGGCAUAUGCACUCAAGAUUGAGAACACGAUGCGCACAAAAGGUCACGUUGUCAUCUCUCAGUCUCCACAAAAAGAUGAUUCCCCAACCUCCCGAGGUGGAUUUCGCUGGGAGGAGGGCAUUGGGGAAUGGGUAGUAUGCACACCUUUCGCGAAGCAAGACAUCAAGCCUGUACCGCGAAAGCCAAUCCGCUCUCUUGAACUUCUUCCGUCACCCGACUGGUCGCAAGAUAACGACACAGACCCGGAGGGGUUGCCGAUAGCUACUGGCAACCAAGAGAUCAUGUAUGACGAGGAUGAAGACUUCACAUUUCCUCAGUCGUCCCCAGUUAAUAGGCGUUGCGAUGUUUCAGCUCCAUCCUUAGGCAAGCGAAAACGCGCCACUUCGCCCGUUGUUCUCAUCUCGAGCAAACGCUCAAUGCUUACGCCACCAGACAGCCCGUGCACCUUCUAUCCCGAGCUACCUGACAGCGCGAGUGAGGAUGAUAAUGGGGUGCGCAGGUCGCGCAGAAUCAGAACUGAAGCCCGUACCUCAACGACCGAGCCCGCCAAGUCACACUCUCGUCGUUCACGAACGUCUCUCGAAAAGGGUCUGCGGGUACAGGAACGUAAAUCAUAUAAAGAAGUGCAUGACCUGGAUGCUGUUCUCGACGGACGCUGUUCUACGCGGGUUCGAAAACGAUCUGCCCCCUAUCCUUCUUCAUAUAUCGACCUUGGCUUAUGUACGUCCACGCUUCUCGCAGUUCGAACGGGGAGAAAGAUCAUUAAGGUACCUGAAGUCGACUCGGACGAAGAGAGCGAUGGGGCGAACAGUCGUCCUUCUUCUAAAGUGCAAAGGAGGCGUAGUGGGAGGAAAUCACAGACGCCGAGAGAGUGGUGGAGAGUUGAAGAUGCUACGCCAGAAGGCGAGAGCGAAGAUGAGCUCAGCUUCCAGUGA